AUGUCCUCUCAGACACCCACCCUUCGUGUUAGAAUCAACCAGAUCGACUACGCCAUGUCCGCGCCUGGACCACUCGACAACUCGAGCCUCUACCGUGUGCCUGUCAUACGGAUAUAUGGCGACUCUUCGAUCGGGUUGAAGGCAUGCUUGCAUGUGCACCAAGUGUACCCAUACUUCUUCGUGGAGUAUCUUGGCAAGAUGAACCCGGACGUCGUCAACCGCUACGUUACGAAGCUCAAGCACUCGCUCAACCACGCCAUUGCCAUCUCUAUGAAGCGCAACCCGCAGUCGCCAAAGUCCCAGUUCGUCCGCGCCGUCGUCCUGGUGAAGGGCGUGCACUUCUACGGCUUCCACGCCAACUACUCCCCCUUCCUCAAGGUCCACAUCGCUGACCCCGCCUACGUCAACCGCGCCGUCACCAUCAUGCAGUCAGGUACGAUCAUGAAGACGCGCUUCCGUGUGUACGAGAGCCACCUCUCCUAUAUUCUCCAGUUCCUGUCCGAUUUCGGUCUGUACGGCUGCGGUUGGAUCGACUUGGGCGAGGUCUGGCAGCGCGGAAAGGACGAGCUCGCAGAAGACGAAAAUGUUGAUCCGGAGCUGGCUAACGCUCUGGGCGAGUUCAAGAAGUCCUCGUACCACCGCCAGACGCGGAUGGCUCUGGAGGUGGACGCGGCCGCGCACCAGAUCCUGAACCGCCACAAGCUUCGCGCGCGGAACAUGCACCACAAGCUCACCAUCCCCGCGCCACCGCUCCCGCCCGAGCCACUCGUAUCAAGCGUGCGCGAGCUCUGGGAAGACGAACGACAGCGGCGGGUGGCCAAGGGCCUGACUCCUUCCCCUGAGAUACCGAAAGACCCGAGCGCGAACUCGCGCGGCCCUGGCGCGGCCUGGGUCGCGGAGGCACGCUGGUGGGAGGAGAUUAGGAAGCGAAUCGAGCGCGAGCGUGGGCGCGAGGUCGUGCCUCCGAAGAUGUUAUGGGAGAGGUGGGUCAUGACCACCUUCGAGAGCGUCGAAGCGCUCUGGGAGGACGAGUACAAGACAUGGAAGCCACAUGGGAGUCUAGGCAGUGUCGGAGACGGUCUCAAGGAAGACGGCCCUACGGUGGACGAAGUGAAUCCGUACUUGUCCUCGCAAAUGCCAGCGUCUGGCAACGUCUCGGGCUCCAGCGGUGCCGACGAGCAGGCGAACGACGACGUUGAAGUCGAUGAGACCAUGCUUUCGAGUCAGGACAUUACUCGUCUGAUGGAGCGUGAGGAGGCUGAGUGGCACAAGGAGAUAGAGGGUCAUUACGACGAGAUAGAUGAGCAAUACCCGGAAGAGGACGAGGAGGCGAAUGAGGAUGGCCCACCGCCGGAUAUCCGGUCAGAGGCCGGGGACGCGGGGGAGAGUUCGAGUGAUCCGUUCGGAGCUUCUGGAGACGCAACUCCUUCGAAAUCCAUGACAGGAAAUCAAUUCAAGGAUAUUUGGUCGAAGAUCGCAAAAUCUUCCUCAAGGCAUCGCUCCCAGUCUGUACUCUCAAACGGACCGAGGACUCCCACUAAGGUAAAGCUGACAAGUCGUUCUUCUCGUCGGUACACCCCCAGCUGGGCCACUCCGGAAAAAGCUCACGAGUCCCCUACGUCAAGCCAAGUUCCUGCGAAGAGGCCGUUCUCGCCCGCAAGCAAGGAUCUGAGUCAUCUCAAUUCACCCCGGAAAACUCAUUCGUCUCGCGCAAUCUUCCAUCCCCUACCGGCCAACCUCGUAGAAGAUGAAGUGGUACAGCAACUGGAUACGAGAGUUGCCCAGCCUCGAUAUGAAGCCAUCGCUGCCGACGCGGACACACGGCCGGCUAAGCGACGCAGGCUGAGCCCUCCAAUCCCCGCAGCGGAUCUACCAUCCGGUUCUAGUUCAAGCUCGUCGUAUCUCCUGUCUGGAUCCUCCCCAGGGUCUGGUCUCGGUUCUCAGGCGAUGAUGCUUUCUCCUGCAACAGCUUCGCUGUAUCACGGUAACAACGUCUACAUAUACGGCUGCCGCCCUCCUACCUCUGCCGAGCUCGUUUCCAGUACAGACCAGUACGGCAUUCCCAGCAAGAUCUAUCGUCCACCCCACUACUCGAAGGAGAACGAUGCUCCCGAACGACCGCGUGAAUAUGCAGGCCUAGUCUUCCAUUUGAAAGGCGGCGACGGCGUCGGCAUUCUGGAGGAAUGGCAGAGCGGCGAAGGUGUGCCAUCCGUCAGCGGCGAGCCCGCUAGACCGCUUGAUCCGACGGGCGUAGGAGGAUGGGAAUACGCCAGUGCUCCGCCGAGCGUGCGACAGGUGCGCAAGUGGCUGAAGGAGCAGAAGGGAAACACCGCCGCGCGCUCCGCACCCACAAAGAAUUCUUCGCAGAUCGAAGGUCCGACGCAGGCAAACCCUUAUGGGCUGCAGAGCACCCUUGCGCCGCGGUCUGACAAGGCGCAGCGAGUACGGCAGAACAUGACAGUUCUGGCGCUGGAAGUCUUCGCUCCAUCCAAGGAUGAUCAUCUCCCGGACCCAAACGACGACGAGGUUGCUGCGGUGUUUUACUCCUUCCAGAGUCAUGACCGAGACGCUGUGGAGCCCUUCACCUGCGACUCCGGCAUCAUUGUUGUCAAUAGCGAUCAACUCAACCCUCGACGCCUGCGCAACGUCAAGGCGGAAUUCGUUGACAGCGAACUCGAUCUGCUGAAUAGGCUCAUUGACGUGAUCCUCGACCUCGAUCCGGACGUCCUCUCCGGGUGGGAAGUGCAAGCUGCAUCCUGGGGUUAUCUCAGCGCUAGGGGGCGUAACUACGGGUUGGACGUGGGUGAGCAAAUAUCGCGGGCCCCUGGGCGGACCUCGGGUGGAGGUUAUGAUCAAUGGGGUAUGAAGACGACGUCCACCUUCAAGGUCAUCGGGCGCCAUGUUCUCAAUCUGUGGCGCAUCAUGCGCUCUGAGCAGACUUUCAACAUCUACACUUUUGAGAAUGUUGUAUUCCAACUAUUGAGGCGACGGACGCCGUGGUAUAGCCCGCGAACCCUGACGGAAUGGCACAACAGUGCUGUGCCAGGACAUACCGAUCGGGUUCUGCGCUAUUUCGCACGCCGGACAUCAAUGGUGCUGGAGAUGUUGGAUGUCGCCGAGGUGGUCACGAAGAAUGCCGAAUUUGCGAGGGUAUUCGGUGUCGAUUUCUUUUCCGUGCUGAGUCGGGGAUCACAAUACAAAGUCGAGUCGUUCAUGUUUCGUAUCGCCAAGCCCGAGAGCUUUGUACUCCUAUCGCCUAGUAAACAAGACGUUGGCAAGCAGAACGCUGCUGAAUGCAUGCCGCUAAUCAUGGAACCUCUUUCUGCCUUCUACAGCAGCCCACUUGUAGUCCUAGACUUUCAAUCACUGUAUCCCUCCAUCAUGAUCGCCUAUAAUUAUUGUUAUUCUACAUGCCUCGGACGCAUUACUGACUUCAAGGGAACAUACAAAUUUGGCGUCACCGAUCUUCGCCAACCUGCCGGUCUCCUCGAUACCCUACAAGAGCAUAUUAAUGUCGCGCCAAAUGGGAUUAUGUAUGUCAAGGAGAGCGUACGCAAGGGAUUGUUGGGGCGUAUGUUGACGGAGCUGUUGGAAACGCGGGUUAUGGUCAAACAAGCGAUGAAGGGCGCCAAGGAUGACAAGGCUCUCCGCAGGAUCCUUGAUGCUCGGCAGCUCGGCCUCAAAUUCAUCGCCAACGUCACUUAUGGCUAUACAAGCGCCACGUUUUCGGGUCGUAUGCCUGCGGUCGAGAUAGCCGACAGCAUUGUCCAGAGUGGCCGGGAGACCCUGGAGAAGGCUAUUCGCAUCAUCAACUCCACGACGAAGUGGGGUGCGAAGGUCGUAUAUGGCGACACGGACUCAUUGUUCAUCUAUCUUCCGGGAAAGACGAAGGAGCAAGCUUUCCGCAUUGGUCAAGACAUGGCUGAUACGAUCACGUUAAUGAAUCCGGCGCCAGUCAAGCUCAAAUUCGAGAAGGUCUACUUGCCGUGUGUUCUGAUGGCAAAGAAGCGUUACGUCGGCUUCAAAUUCGAAAACCCGGAUGACAAAGAGCCUGCGUUCGACGCUAAGGGUAUCGAGACGGUCCGUAGAGACGGCGUCCGUGCGCAACAAAAGAUGACAGAGACCUGCUUGAAGAUUCUCUUUCGGACCCAAGAUCUUAGCCAGGUCAAAGAAUACUGUUGCCGAACGUGGGGCCGAAUUCUGGAGAACAAGGUUUCCGUGCAAGACUUCAUAUUCGCAAAGGAAGUUAAAAUGGGCACUUACAGCGACAAAGUACCGCCUCCGCCUGGUGUAACCGUCGCGGCGCGGCGGAUGCUUGAGGACCCCAACGACGAGCCGCAGUACGGUGAACGCAUACCCUAUGUGAUCGCUCGUGGUGAGCCUGGUUCUCGACUCGUGGACCGCGCCAUAUCACCGCACGAGCUAUUUCGAGACAGCCACAAACGCCUGGACGCAGCAUAUUACAUCUCGCGUGUUUUGAUCCCUCCGCUGGAACGGAUAUUCAACCUCGUUGGAGCGGACGUGCGCAGUUGGUUUGACGACAUGCCGAAGAGCUUACGCGCCGACCAGCCCGAUAUCACAUUUUCUCCAAGAAAGAACAAGAGGAACGUCUUGGUCGCGAAUGCCCUCAAGAUCGAUGAUCAUUUCACUAGCUCCCAAUGUCUGAUUUGUGGCAGGUUCACCCCUGAAGCGCUGUGCGAGCUUUGCCGCUCAGAUUCCGCAUUGACGAUGAGCGAGUUGUUAUCUCGGAUGCGGAAAACGGAAGCCAAGCUGAAAGACGUGCACCUUGUUUGUGGUUCGUGUUGUGGUAACGCCCCUGCAGAACCUGUUCAAUGUGAGUCGUUGGACUGUCCAUGGAUGUACGAACGGAAGAAGUUGGAGAGCAAGGCAGAGGCUGUGACGACUAUUCAGGAGCUGAUUGAGGAGAUAGCGGAUGAAUGGUCCGAAGAGAAGACGAGUAGUAUUGAGGAUUCCGGCUCGGACUCUGGGGACACUAUUGUAGCAUAAACACGCAAUGUUUCCCAUCGGAAUCAGGGGGUAACACUACCUUGACAUAUUGCUUGUUGUAGUACCCCCUCUAUAGUUAUCGCAACACAUGGAGAUGUAUCAAAUACGAC